GGGUGCGGCUGGAGGAGCUGUGCGGGAACGGAGGGCACUGCGUGGACGGGGGGGGGACCCCGCGCUGCUCCUGCCCCCCAGGCUGGGGGGGCCCGUCCUGCCGCCAGGAGGCCGAUCGGUGCCAACCGGAUCCCUGCGAACACGGGGCCACCUGCCUGGCCCGGCCUGGGGGCUACAUCUGCCAGUGCCCGCCCGGGCAGCGCAGGGUGAACUGCUCAGAGCCGGGGCCUGGGGGCCCCUGCCACCCCCAGCCCUGCCAGAACGGGGGCACCUGCUCCCAGCGCCCCACCGGCUCCCACUGCACCUGCCCCCCCAGCACGCAUGGGUCCCAGUGUGAGUCAGUGAUUGACAGCUGCCAAUCAAACCCAUGUGCCAAUGGGGGGACCUGUGCUGUGACGGGCAGCACCCCCUCCGGCUUCACCUGCCGCUGCCCUCCGGGUUACAGCGGUGCCACCUGCGACGUCCAGGUGCCCCCCUGUGGAUCCCACUACUGCCACCACGAAGGGGUGUGUGUCCAGCCCCCAGCCGGUCCCCGCUGCCUCUGCCCGGGGGGCUACGGGGGCCCCGAUUGCCUCCAGCCCCGCCCCCCGGCACCCUGCCCCCCCGGCGGCUCGGCUUGCCCCCAGCCUGGGGUGGGGGGGGCCUGUGGUGAGCUGGCGGGGGACGGCAUCUGCCACCCGGCCUGCAGCUCCCCCUCCAGCGCCUGGGACGGGGGCGACUGCUCGCUGGGGGUGCUGGAGCCCUGGGCGGGGUGCCCGGAGCUGUGCCAGCCGGGCUUCCGCGACGGGCACUGCCAGCCCCAGUGCGACAGCGAGGCCUGUCUGUACGACGGGUACGACUGCCGCCCGGCCACCUGCAGCCCGGCCUACGCCCGCUACUGCCACGACCACUUUGCCAACGGACACUGCGACCGGGGCUGCCUGACCCCCGAGUGCGGCUGGGACGGGGGGGACUGCGCCCUGGGGGGGGCCGGGCCAGUGCGGGAGGGGGCCACCCUGGGGCUGGCGGCCGCCCUGCCCCCCCCGGCCCUGCCCGGCCUUCUCCACGCCCUGGCGCUGGCCCUGCGCGUGGGGCUGAGCCCCCGGCGCGACCCCCAGGGCCGGCCCAGGCUGUACCCCUACACGGGGCGCGAGGGGCCAGGCGGGGGGAACCGCACCGGCUGGAGGCCCCCCCUGGGAUCCCCCCGCCCUGCCCCGCACCCCACGCCCACCGCAGCCGGCCAGGAGGGGGAGACGGACGCCAUCGGGUCCGUCGUGUUCCUGGUGGUGGAUGGGUCCCGCUGCGCCGGGCGCUGCCUGACGACCCCCGAGGGCGCCCGGCGCUUCCUGGGGGCGCUGGCCGCCUCCAACGCUCUGGGGGCGCUGACCCCCCACCCCCUGGCGGCCCUGUGGGUCGAAGAGGCCAGCAGCGGCCCCCAGGCCUCUGCCCCCCCAGACCCCCAGGCCUCUGCCCCCCGGCUGCCCUGGCCCCUGCUUGGCAGCCUGCUCGCGGGGGGGCUGGCGCUGGCCCUGGGGGCCGUGGUAGGGCUCCGGCUGCGCCGCCGGGGGACGAGGAAACAGGGGGUGCUCUGGCUCCCCGCGGGGUUCGCCCGCCCCCGGGACCCCAACGCCCGGCGCCGCCGGGACCCCGUCGGAGAGGACGCCAUCGGGCUGAAGCCUCUGAAGCUGGACCCCGAGUUGGAGGACGACGGGCAGCUGACCCCUCAGGAAAUCGAGGCUGACGCCCCCCCCUCGAACCAGGACUGCCGGCAAUGGACACCCAAGCACCUGAGCGCCGGGGCUCCCAUCCCACAAUGCAUCAUGCUGACCCCGCCCCAGGACGAGGACCCCGAGGGGCGGGACCUCGACGCCAGGGGGCCAGAUGGGGUGACGCCGCUGAUGGCAGCGGUGUGCGCGGGGGGCACCGUGGGGGAGCUGCUGGCGCAGGGGGCGCGGCUGGACGCCCAGACGGACGCGACGGGGGAGACGGCCCUGCACCUGGCCGCCCGCUUCGCCCGGGCCAGCGCCGUCCGCAGCCUCCUGGAUGCCGGUGCCGACCCCAACACGCGGGACCGGGCGGGGCGCAGCCCCCUGCACAGUGCCAUCGGGGCCGACGCCCUGGGGGCCUGCCAGAUCCUGAUUUGCUGCCGGCAGACGGACCUGGACGCCCGGAUGAGCGACGGCGCCACCCCCCUGAUCCUGGCCACGCGCCUGGCGGUGGAGAGUGGGACGGAGGAGCUGCUGCGGGGCGGGGCGGCCGUCAACGCUGCCGACAAGUGGGGGAAGACGGCCCUGCACUGGGCUGCGGCUGUGAAUAACGCCCGGGCCGCCCUCGCCCUGCUCCGGAGCGGCGCCAGCAAGGACGCCCAGGACAACCGGGCGCAGACCCCGCUGUUCCUGGCGGCCCGGGAGGGCAGCGCGGACGUGGCGCGGAUCCUGCUCCGGCACCGGGCGAGCCGGCAGCUCCCGGACGAGCUGGGUCACCUGCCCCGCGACGCCGCCCUCUCCCGCGCCCACCACGACCUGCUCUGCCUGCUGGACGACCCCCGCCUGGGCCCCCCGCCCCGCCGCCCCCCCAGGCUCUGCCCCCUCUCGGAGCAGCCGGAGCCGCCCGCCCCCUGCCUCGCGCCCUGCCGGCCCUGGGCUCCCGGCCAAUCGGACGCCGCCCUGGUGCAGUGACUCCGCCCCCAGGGUGCUGCCGGGGAGGGGGCUCGGAUUGGACAGCAGAGAGGUGUGGCCAUGCCGGGCUGUGACAUCACCAGGCGGGCAGAGCGAGCACCGGAGAAUGAUGUCAGAGACAGGAAGUGAGGUCACACACUGGUGUGGUGACAUGCCAUGGGAUGCUGAUGUCGCAGACUGGAAAUGAUGUCACACGGAAGAUGGUGAUGUCAUAACGUGCAACCCAGUGGACAGGAAAUGAUGUCACCCGGGACACUGACAGCCUCAGGGGCUCUGACAUCAUUGACAGGACGUGACAGCGCCCAAUGGGAAAGCACGACAGGCAGGAAGUGAUGUUACACUCCCAGGAACUGAUGAUGUCACACGUGGGGGCCUUGCGAUGAUGUCAUGGAGCAGGAAGAGGCGGGGCUUUGCAACCCUGCCUGUCACAGAGGGACAGGUGGGGGGUGACCCCCCUGGCACCAACCCCUCUUCCUCCCCUGCCCCCGCCCUCUCCCACAUAUUUAUACCCCCAUUUACGCCCCCACACGCAGCU